AUGGCCAUCUCAUCAGCGUCCCAACAAGCUGCCGAAAGGGAGGUUGAGCGAUCCGUCUCGGUUCUGGGCCUAGGACAGAUGGGUUUCGCAGUUGCCCAGGCUUUCACCAAGAAAGGAUACAAAACCACAGUUUGGAAUCGAACCGCCGCCAAAGCCCGACCAUUGGUUGCGGCAGGUGCAAUAGUGGCGACUUCGGUGGGCGACUGUAUCGCUUCAAAUCAGCUGGUCCUCAGUUGCUUUAUCGAGACCCAAGUCCUCAUCGAGGUUUUGAAGACGGUCGACCCACAGCUCUGUCGGGGUCGCGUGCUGGUGGACUUCGCCUCGGGAACUCUCCGCGAAACUCGACAGUUCCAGACAAUAGCUAGGGAACUAUCCUUCGCUUAUAUACGGGGUUCCAUAGCGUCAACGCCACCAUAUGUCGGCUCAUCCCAGAUUCACGCUUGGUAUUGCGGCAAUGAAACAAUUUUCAGAUCGAUUCAGCCGGAUUUAGCGGCGCUUGCCCAACCAGGGUAUAUUGAUAACGACCCAGGCACGAUUGCCUUACACGAAUGUGCUGGAGGAAACAUUUUCUAUGCCUUCGCGGCCGGCUUUGUGCAAGCAAUGGCAGUUGUGAAAGCCUCGGGAAAAUGUCAUCCAGGGGGGGCGGAAGACUUUGUGAAUAAAUUCAUGAUUCCCUUCCUUCAUACCUUUCCCGAUACUUUCCGAGACUGGGCCCAUCAGAUCGACAACCAGAACUACGACGCCCAUGGUAAAGGCGCUCGCCUAGGCCAGUCUGCCAAAUCCAUCAAUUUAAUGAGGCGGUUCAACACCGAGUUAGGCUUGACGAGUGUAAUCCUGGACCCAGUGCUCAGUUUGAUCAAGCAUCGGAUAGCGCAAGGGGGUUCAAACGAAGAACUGAGUAGCCUAGUGGAAACGAUUGCAGACUCUAAAGCCGGUAUAUAG